CUUCGAUUGUGAAGAAGGAAAUACAUUUUAUAUUUUUGCUUUCAAAUUAAUGAUCUUAAUAUUGAAAGUAUCUUUUGAAAGAUCCAUAACCAAUUAAUUGUGUUCGUGUAAAAUUUCAUUUUAGUUCCGUGUCUGUCCGUUAACAUCACUAAAUUCACUAACCGAACUAAGCUGCGCGUUCGUGCCGAUCAUAAAAAAGCCACCACGAAUUAUCGAGCUAUAGUUCGCAACGUAUCGUUAAGAUGGCCGCCAAACAUUACUUCAUCAUGUUCCUGAUCGUGUCUCUGAUGGCUCUCACAGUCAGUAAGAGCUGGUUCGAAAACCCGUGUCCUGAGAAUGCCCAUUUGACAAUGGACCCCUGCGCGCCGACCUGUGCAGACCCGGAAUUGAAACACACCAGUUGUGUGACGGCUUUCAUCGCAACCUGCCACUGUGAUGAUGGCUUCCUCUUCAACAAAUCAGGAAACUGCGUGCCUGUUGCUGAAUGUUCAAAACAAAACGGUGGCUAUUUCAAGUGAAUCCGACUUGUGUAUUUCGUUUCCAAAAUUCAUCAUUUUUGUUUCCCAAAAACUUAAUUUUAGUACUUAAUUAUCGGCCGUUUGUUAUUAAAAAAUAUGAAGAAAAGAAA